AAAGAAAGAUGAAGGACUAGUUGUAGCGUAAAAUGGCAUUCGAGGGUAAUAGUAGUAGCAGCAGCCGACUUCAAGUACUGACCAGCCAUCUCUCUCCUCACACUCCCAUGGCUUCUGCCGUUCCCUCCGAUUCUCCCACCAUAUUUGACAAGAUUAUAAACAAGGAAAUUCCAGCCAACAUUGUUUACGAGGAUGACAAGGUUUUGGCUUUCAGGGAUAUAAGUCCCCAAGCUCCUACACACAUUCUUCUUAUUCCAAAGGUGAAGGAUGGCUUAACUGGGCUCUCCAAGGCUGAGGAGAGACAUUGUGAGAUUCUUGGUCGCCUUCUUUAUACUGCAAAGCUUGUAGCCAAACAAGAAGGUCUCGAUGAAAAUGGGUUCAGGCUUGUUAUCAACGAUGGAAAAGAUGGAGGUCAAACUGUUUUCCAUAUUCACCUUCAUCUCCUUGGAGGACGUGAAUUGAACUGGCCACCUGGCUAAUUCGACUUAUUCGCGACUUGAGCAAUCGUAGAGACCCUGAAGAUCAUGUCCCAGCAGAAUCAUCCAGAGAAAAAGGGUAGUUGUAUGCACUUUAUGCCCUACAAAUAAAUAACCAUGCCGGUAGUCAAUUGGCUAUCUAUCAUGCAUGAACAUUUUUAUCUGGAAUGAUACUUGCAAUUAAACUAUCUGAAUCAUUAUAGACUGGAAAUUUGUGAAUGUUAUCAGUUUUAAUUGGGUGCA